AUGGAUGCGCUGGCAACUGGCCUCGAGCAGCAAAAGGAGAAUGUGCAACCUCGUGCGGUAGGUCAUGAUGCCGAAAUACUGGCUCAUACGCUGAAUGAGCGCGCAAGGGACCCGACAAGCGCCUCAAACCCAGGCGUGGAAAGCCACAGCGAUUUUGUGGCUCGAAUUGACAAGGCUUUGGGUACACUAGACGACCCUAUCCAGUUAUACAUCGAGCGCAUUGACGCUCUGCACAUAUUUUCAACCGAGGUCGCGAAAACGCUUCUCAAAAAGACUCUUGUUGAUGGCACUCUUCGGUUUCGUCAAAACCCAGUCUACGAAAACAACGUAAAGUACCUUCGGCUUUGGUUAGAAUUCGCAAAGCUGGCUUCCGACCCGGUCCUUGUAUUCAAGUACAUUGCACAAAAGCGAAUUGCUUCCAAACUUGCCCUGUUUUAUGAAGAAUACGCCAAAUUAUUGUGCUCCAAAAAUUGGAUUAGACAUGCCCGAGACGUGUUCUUAUUCGGGCUCCAGGAGAACGCCCAGCCAUCACAAAGGUUGCAAUCCAGUUUUGACGUCUUUUUGCAAAAGUAUGGUGAUAUUCAAGCCUCACCUUCAGAGCCAGACGAGGCGCCUUUACCGUCACCGACGCGUCAGGUCCUCGCUCACCGACGCCCUGCACCUUACGCGCCAUCAGCAAUUUUGGUACCUCAUAAAAAGCUGCAAAUCUAUGUUGAGGAUGAUAGUGAGGAUGAAAAUGUGGAGAAUAUUGACCGAAACGGCCCUAUCAAUGAAGCCGCCCUGGCAACUCUUCUCGAGCCGGCAAAGGAAAAUAACAUGUCUGCUCAGCCUUGGGUUAAUCAAACAAUCCCCCAGGAUAUAUCGCCCCGACCGCGCAAAAUUAUGAAAGUCUGGUGUGAUGGCAGGCAGCAGGUGUCACCCUACGAAGUAUUACCAUCUUCUCGCAAUGAACGCUGGAUGGUCGAUAUUCCGGCUUUGACCAGGCCGGAUGGUCCACGGAGUUUCUCGGAAAUCAUGAUUCUCAAUCGUGGAAUUACUGUAAAAGAGCCUCGUGAUACUUGGUAUGAGGAACAAAAACGGCAAGAAAUGGCCGCAAAGAUCGAAGAACGGGCUGCUAAACCGAUUGCUGAGGCUGUUGGUGAGAAUACUCAGCAGUUUAUGGGCUUCAAUGGCAACCAAUCCAAUACAGAAUGGGACCCAAGAAGGCAAAACACCCAAAUCAAUACCUUUAAUGGAACCUUAGGUGCUCAGUUUGGUACAAGUUAUAACCCAACAGUUGGGGGGAAUACCAAGUGGAUGUCAAGCCCUGUUCAACCUAACCACAUAGAGUUGGCGAAAGAACGUGAGCGCCAGGCUAUUAUUGCUCGUCAACAACGGAUGCAGCAGCAGUAUGCUCAGCAAAUGAAAGCGACCCAAGUAGCUCAAGAUGCUCGAUACCGCCAGCAAAUGUCGAAUCAGCGCUGGGGUCAGAAGCCCGAUCCAUAUAUGGGCCAAAUCAGCUCCCCGGCUUCUGAUAACAGCCUUACUGCCAGCCCCAAUAUUCCUAAUGCUAUGACGACGAAGGUUGAGUUUAAGCCUCUUCCCCCUGGAUUCGUGCUGCAGACUGUACCUAUCAAUAUUCCUAACUUGCCAGAAGUCAUUGAUGCAACAAACGAAAAGCUCAGAUUAAUGAUGAGAGGCCAGUUGACCCAGGUAUUGGAGAGCGUUCCCUUUUAUCACCACGAGAACUCUGUCAAAAAUUUACUACCGGCUUUGCCCAAAAAGGCCGCUAAAAACAGUGUUAACGUUGACGUGGAUAUCUCCGGAAUGAGACUCCAUCUUCAAAGAUUGCUUGGCGUGGGUGGGUUUGGCUGCGUGUACAGAGCUCAAGUAGGGCAGUUGGCUGGCUACGCAGUUAAAAUCGAAAAGGGUGGGAUUCCGUGGGAGUUAUACAAUGUGCUAGCUGCUAGAACUCGAAUUGAGGAUCCCCGUGUCUUGUCGUCGUUGGUUGAGGUUGUUCACUACCAAGGAUAUACAGAUGAGCAAUACACAAUCAUGCCCCACUAUACCCGAGGAACGCUGCUCAAAGUUACUGAAGUGGUUCAUAAUAGUGAGCCCGCGCCUAAAGAGCUUGAGCGGCUUGCUGCAUACUUUGCCAUUGAGCUGCUUCGUCUUAUCAAUGCUCUCCAUGAUGUUGACAUCAUUCACGGCGAUCUCAAACCGGAAAAUGUAAUGCUCCGCACACCCACCGGAGGCGUCAAGGCUGUUGGUAACUACAUGCGCUCUUCUAAAGUGUGGGACCAACAUGGAAUUGUUUUGCUCGACUUUGGACGUGCAAUUGAUUUACGGCUGUUUCCUCCGGGCCAAAAGUUUGGUGCUGGCUGGAACCCGGAUAAGCAGCAGGAUUGCUGGGAAAUUUGCCGGGGUCAGCCAUACACUUUUGAAACAGACUACCAUGGCAUCGCAAAUAUCGUGUACAGAAUUCUCGCUUUGAGGCCCCUUGUUGUGACUUUAGACCAUAAAGGUCGCAAAGUCCCUCAGCACGGGCUUCCUGAGUGCCGCGAUGCCAUGAAUGUCGACAUGUGGAUGAGUUUCUUUGAUGCAAUGCUUAACCCACCUUCUCUCCCUAACCGUUGUUUGCAGGAUGUCAAAACGGAUCUCGAAAACUGGCUGGUCGAAAACUCUAAUAACGGCAAGACUCCAUUGACAGUUCUGCUCGGUCGGCUCUCUUCCAUCAAAUGA